CUGAACCUCAGCAGCAAGCACUUGCGUUCCGCACCGCAGCAUUCGUUCAGCAGCAAGCUUUGACUACAGUCGGCUCAAUGGUGUCCUGCCCUUCAUCAAUUACCCCCACUUAUGGUUCUUUCGUGACCUGAUAUUAUAUCAUUCGCCGUUACUAUGCGCAGUGCUUUGGCCGGCGAAAGUGUUUCUCGCCAUAUGGAGACGCGGCGGCGAGAGGAGGAGCCGACUAGGAAAACACAAGCCGCUGACUGCGACAAUGGCAGCUGCACGGAUGCGAAUUUCGUGGCCCAACGAUAAGCGGGCGGAGAAUAAACGGCUGCUGUAGUCGAAGGAUGCUCGAGGCAGUACUCAGUUAGUAGGAAGUCGUACAAUAGGCUUGCGGAAUCCGUAUUGCAGCAGAAGAACGCGCAGCAAGCGAUAUAGCUAAGACAGCAAAGACAGCGGAGACAGAGGAUUCGGCGUAGGCAGCCAAUGGAGGUGAUGACACUCGGAGCGUUGGAUGCCCGCGAAGCCCGCUAAUGCUCGUGCUCGUGCACUCGUUCGUCGCGCCUCCAACACCACCUUCCCAGCAGCUUCCCAACGCCCUCACCAGCAUCACCGGCAUCACCAGCAUCACCGGCACCUCUCACCUCUCACCCUCUCCUCAACAAUCCACUCUCUCCACGCCCAGCGCGUUCCUCUCCGCCUCCGCUGUCGCAUCCAGUCGCAUGUGAAUACGACGGUCAACAUUAAACCAAGCAUCCGAUCCCCCCACCCCCUCCUAUUCCCCGCGCCCCCAUUUCCCCGCUCUCCCCUCCUACCCCCUCUCUCUGUCUCCUUCCUCUCUCGUUCUCCCCCCCCCUGCCCUUCCCCCCUUCCCCCCAUCUCCCCCUCCCCUCCUCCCCCCUUCCUCUCUCCCUCCCCUCGUCCUACCCUCCACCUCGCGCGCCUCCCCAUGGCCGGUUCUCCCAAGCGCCGUCGCUUCUCCACCCGCCAGCGCGCCGUGAUGCGCGUGGGGUACCUCGCCAUGCUCGCCUUCUGCGCCUUCGCUGUGCGCCGCGCCGUGCACAUCCCCCAAGACCCCUCAGUCUCAGACUUUGUAUCGGAGCACACGAGUAGCAAGUGGGCAGCAGCAGCACGGGCGCAAGCAGCAGCGGCGAGGGGGAAAGGAUCAGGCGGGGGCCCCCACAAGCUGGCGGCAGCGCUGGCAGCAGCGGCAGCGGAGGGCGUGGACGAGCAGGUGCUGCAGCGCCAGAUGCGGUGGUCUGAGAGGCCUACCUCCCUGUGCUUCGGCCAUGGCAACCUCACGCUCCUCACUGUCGCACUCGACCUGCCCCAGGACUACGUGGUGCUGAUGAGACGCAACCGCCUGCUGUACUGUGCGCGCCAUGCGUGCAGGUACUGCGAGGUGUCCGUCAGCCUGGACUUCGUGCGCCCCCAUGCCUGGUCCAAGGUCCGCGCCAUGCUGCUGGUGCUCUCCUUCGCGGAGACCGUGGUGCACAUCGACGCGGAUGCGCUCAUCCUCAACCACACGCUCUCCUUCCACUCCCUGCUGGACCUGCCGCCGCCCUACAACACGAGCGCCAGCGACAUUGUCUACACCAUGGCGUAUCGAUACGGGCGGUAUGCUGAGCCGAGAGACGACUCGCACGUCAACACGGGGGUGUAUGUCGUGCACAGCACGCCUUGGGCCAAGUCAUUCCUGGAGGCGCAGUACCAGUUCUACCACUCGUCCAUCCGGCCAGAGUUCUGGGACCAUGAUGCCAUCGACCUGUACCGGCUGAAGCACGCACACGACUUCCAUGCACACGUCAGCAUCAUUCCGUACAGGUACAUGAGUGUGCCCUGCAGCCACACUCAGAAUGAGUACACGCCAGGGGACUUCAUAGUGCACUAUGCAGGCGGCCACAACAUUGGCAAGUACGAACGCCUCUCCAAGCUGUUUCUAGAGUAGACACUAACCCAAGCUAAGUGAAGUGUAGCUAAGCCACACCCACCUACCUCACCUUAGCCCUCCAGUGUCCCUCUCCCAUGCCACCACCACCACCACUACCUCCCUCCCUUCCUCUCUCCCACCUUCGUCCUACGCAUUUUGAGACGCCUCAAAGGACGUCUUUUAUACCCUUCCUCUCUCCCAGCAUCGUCCUAUGCUUAGUGGUGGGUGUGCGUGGCGACUCCCUGAUUCCUGAUGCUACUGUAUGGCACCUGUGGGCGCUGCCUCAUGCGGUGUGCAUCUGGUGUUCGAAUAGAAGAUUGUCUAGCAUACGGCAACCGGUGUAGCAGUAUGUGGGCCAGGAGCUACAAGUUACAAGGUGCCAAGUGCAACAAUGCACACGUUUUGUAUUGGAUUCCACAUA